GCGGGAAAACUGAUGUUGUUAGUCUGUGUGAGAUUGAGGUAUGGAGACAUAACUUCCUGGUAUGUGAGAGGGAGGUGAGCAAAAAUCCACUAUCAUCAACGCACACGUGGCGUUGCUUGAUUGCCCACAAGAUCAGCCCGAGAUCGGUUAUAUCUGUUUUCCGCAGAGUAAGGGGGAGGGGGGGGCGGUGAGGAUGACUUCGACUUCCGGAGGGUUCGCGCGCCCUCUCUCUCGCAGAGGGCCUGCGCUGGAUGACUCUCUCUCCCACUCUCUGCCACGACCAUCGCCGGACGACUCUCUCUCUCUCUCCCUCUCUCUCCCCUCACGGAGGGAGGCUAUGGCGGCAUCGCCUGCAGGCAGCGGUGGGACCGGAAUGUUGUUGAGAGGCCAACAAGGACACGUGGCGAUCGAAGAAAGCGACACGCAGGAGCUUGUCUCCACUCCUCCUACCCAUAGGGGGAUAGAGGGGAAUGAGCUAUCGGAGCGUGGAGGGCAGGAAUCAGAGGCAGGGGGAGAAGAUAUGCGCCCGUGGGGAAGGCUUGUGGCCAUUAAUAACCCCUUCGGCAAUAUUAUGCUAAAGGGGGGAGAGACCACGAUAGGUCGGGCGGAUGCAGGCAAUGACUUCUCGAUCAGCAAACAUCAUUGCCGUCUGUUGAAGGAUCUGCACACAGACGUUGUGCACAUAGAAGAUCUCAGUAAGAAUGGCACGUAUGUGAAUGGGUCGUUAAUUGGGAAAGGUUCACGUGCUGUGCUUCACCCAGGGGAUGAGGUGUGCCUUGUGUCUUCGACAAACGAGCUGCCAUCCUAUGUUUUUCAGCUACUCACCAAGGUGAAAUAUGGUGCAAGUUCAAAGAAACGACCCAGGGUAAAUGUGACGGACAGCCUGGCUGGCGCUGAAGGGAGGGUGGCAGAGAAGUCAGAGAGCAAUGGCGCUCACGCUAGCAAUGGUGCUGCGAAGGAGGAGUCUGACGUCACGGGUCCACAGCAGAAGAAGGUGAAAGUAGGAGUGGCAAGCGUGGGGGAUGAGUCGAUGAAAUGUGACAUAUGCCACGAGGUUUGGCACGACUGUGUGUCGGCGGGACCAUGCAGCCAUAACUUUUGGUCUUCUUGCUUGGUGGCAGUUUGUGCUUUAGCGGGUUUGGUUGAGGAGUUUCUCAAAGCUCGUGAAGACCUGAGGCGACCCAAGGAGGACCUAGCUGAGCUCGAUAAACUGUCUCUGAUAAGAAAUGACUACGUGACUGUCAAGGAUCUCCGGAAGCAAGCGAAUGUGCGAGAUCCAGAAGUGAAUGUGCGAGAUUCGGACUCGAGUGAUCUUGGUUCUUCUCCCGGGUCGCCUUCUUUCUCAGACUUCUCUAGUUCCAGUGUUGAGGAAAUACCGGCGCCCUGCAGGUGCCGUCACUGCGAGCCUGUCUGGCCAGGAAGAGAGGACAGCGAAGGGCGAUUCAUUUGCAGCGCUCAUACUCUUCAUGUUACCUGCGGAGGCUGCGGGCAGCUGAUGCCAAUUCGCCAAGUCGAAGGAGUACACUGCAAGUGUAUGCAGUGCAACACUUUCUUCUGCGACAACUACUGGCGAUCCCAGGGAAUUCCGUCCCCUCUCGGUGCUCCAGGUUGUGAGCUCGAGGUCGAAAUCAAGGAGUUGCGAGAUUGGGAACCUGCAGGCGAAUUGCACCAUGCCUUCGGUGGCAAUCAGAUCGAAGCUCAGAUUCUUGAGGACUACUUAACUACGCACAACAUUUCACGUCAGGCGCUUUGGCAAACCUGUCUUGCAAAAAUGGACGCUGGCGAAAUGGGCCUACCCGAUCCUUCGUCCUCUGCAGCAGCUCGUGGGAGUGAAGUUAAUUCAAGGAUUCCUGUGUGCCAAGGCUGUGUACCAUUGAUAUGGAGGGAGCUUGUCUACAAAUAUCGUGCAGCUAUCCCAAAUAGCGAGCUACCACCCGAAGUGGUGGCAAAAGUGAACUGCUGGUAUGGCAGAGAGUGCCGCACCCAACACCGGAGCGAGGAACAUGCUCGGCGACUCAAUCAUGUGGGUCCUAACACACGUGCCGAUCCACAAAGUGCCUUUGCGCCAUUCACGCUCAGAGCACCAAGGAUCCAUGGAUUUGCGCUGGAUGCUCCCAGUUAUGUAUAUUGGGCUUCAGCGGAAUCGACAGAGGAGCCAGUGGAGGCAGAUGAGGACAUUUUGCAUCUUGCAGUCGGCUAUUCGGAGCAGGUCACAGAUCACAGCUUUGAGGUCAUGGCGGACAAGUCUAGAUGUCAGAUGUUUCGGAUAUUGGCAUCGAUCGAACGAUCCAUGGUGGUUCGAACUUUGAAGCUUUGCUGCGUAUCCAGUGGUGACAGCUCCAAGCUGUGGCUAUGGCAGAAAGAAACCUGUGGCUGUGGUGCAAAUGAUGCAUGCAUGCAUGCGUUUUCUGCACGAACAUGUGAACUUGAACUUCCACUAAGGCAAAGGACGGUUCUCCAGGCAAAAGUUGUGUCCCAGAGGCAAGAGUCACAUCCCACAGUCAAAAGUCAUGUUCCACAGGUGAAAAGUCAUGACUCACAGACCCAAGCAGCCAAUGAAAAUUCGAGAAAGUACCAGGCCUUGAUAUUCUGAAAUAAGCAGGCCAUGGGAAUGUGGUACCGAGGCCAGGUCAAUCCAAGGAAGCAGAGACUGGGACGAGUUCAGGCUCUGUCCAAGUCGACAUAAGGACUGGCCAGCCGCAUUUCAGGGAGACUGCUCAUUCGUGAGAAGUGUGGAAGUGCUGCUGAAGCGCUUGUGCGCUAUCUGCGAAUAGCAUGCGCGAAAGCCCUGCUGGGCAGCUCUGCGUUAAGGAAGGGAGGUGGCCAUAGCCGCAUAGCGAGAGGUAGGAGAUAAAGCCAGGAGAUAGCGGAUGUAUUCAGAGUCAAGAUCCUAAAGUAGAGAGAGAGAGGGAGAGAGAGUAGAGGGAGAUAGUGAGCGCAAGAGAGUGAGCGCAUCCAUGAAGAAGACAAAGAGAGAGAGAGAGAGGGGGACACAGAGAGAAGAAAGUCACCUACCUUGGAUGAGGUUGGCUGAACUCUCCUCUGAUGAGUGCUGGUGACUGGAACUCUGUAAGUGCUUAUAUGAUAAUUUGUUGGAAAUCCUAAGCAGCGCUUAUCUGGACUUUGCAUGUCUGGUCUCCAGUGUGGACUUCGUGUGAUCUCUCAUUUUGUGUGUGUGGUCAAGGUGACGAGCAGUGAGGCUCAAUGCAUCAAAUUUGUUCUUUUGGUAUUGUGAGAAGUUGUUGCUUAUAACGAUGUAAAGGUACAAGUGAUCGUUUUAAGAUGGUUUAGCUCAGGUUAAACAUGUGUGAGGAUUUAGACUGUUGGCAGUGUCUGAAAGUGCUGUGCCCGACCCAAGUGAAGGCGGGCUUGCAAUUUUUUGCCAAUGCCUGUUUAUAAGGAUAUGAGACAAGGCUGAGGGGCCCAAGCAGACCCUGUUGGAAACCGCAUAUGGGCAUGGAUCUUCGACGAGGCCAUGUUACGAGUUAGCUCCUCAGCAGGCCCCUGUAGGGCCGUUUCAGCAAGCAUGAGCCCGCCCUAAGUGAAGGCGGGCCCCUGAAUUUCAAUAUGGCCUGAGUUAGUUAAUUUUGGCAAUGUUUGGUGGGCGCCAGACAGUUGCCAUGUGCCAGUUGGUUACAUCCUCCAUAUUUGUGAGAAUCCGAAAUGAUUUGUGAGCCUUCUAGGCUCUUCCAGCAGCACAGGCGAAGCAGGGAGAACCUCACGUUUACUCCUGGGUGGUUGGGCAGGCCUGACCACUUUUCGGUCCCAGGCUACUGUCUGAAUGGGCCUGGGCACAGACACUUUGGCCCAAUCGGAAGCUACUGGAAACACACGAGGCCCAGUCAGACAGUAAACUGGGCGAGCACUUUCCGGAAAGGAAAGAGCUCGCCACUGGUGGGGAUAUUCGGGCACUAGGCUGUACAUUUGGCAGCGCUGCUGCAGCGUGCACUCGCAGGCUGUGCGCUGUGCGCUAGCGCUAGAUGCCAGGCAGUGCGCGCGGGCGCUGGUAGAAGGCAGGGCGCUGCUGAGGGCAGCGCCAUAGCCAGCCCUACAUAGCCACGGCUUGGCUUGGACAGCCAGCAGUGGUGGUGGUGGUCUUCGUGUAUGGGGAGAAGAUGUGGGUAGAGAAGACGAGGAAGAGAGAAAGAGAGAUGAGGAUGAUGAUGUGAGGGCACUUACCUGGUCUUGGCGAUGGUCCACAGGGUCAACAUCUUCAUGUACUUCGGUUGUUGCUGCUGACAUCAACAGGUUGCAUUGUGAAUUCGUAGGCUGGUAGUAGCUGUGUGAUUGCAGUCUGGGCGCUGAGCCCCAUGUAGGAGGAAGGGCUCUGGGUACAUAUGUUGGUGGUCGUGAGAGUAUGCUCUCAUUGACUUUCGGAUUCGGUGAUUUGGUUCUCUGUUGGUGUAGUAUCAGCGCAUUUCUGCUUUCUGGACAGCGUUGGACUUUCUGGCUUUCAAUGCGGUUUUGCAUUCUGGAUUUCUGUCAUUUCGCUAUCGCUCGUUUUCCUUGAGCAUGUGUUCGCUUUUCAGUAUGAAGGAAGCAAGCUAGCAACCCAAGCGUCAAGCCCGUUGGCCAGCCCGGCUC